AUGCGGCUAAUCACAGUGGAACAGGAACGUGAGCUUGAGAAGGUAAACGCCUUCUACUUACAAAAGGAGGCCGAGCUCAAGGUUCGCUUAAAAACACUUCUCGAUAAGAAGAAGGUGCUCCGCGCACGGGGCAAUUCCAUCUCCCGGCGCUCCGCCAAGUUCACCACCCUCCAAGAAGGCUUCCAGCAGUUCGCCAACGACCUCAACAAGCUGCAGCAGUUUGUCGAGAUCAACGGCACGGCCUUUUCCAAAAUUCUGAAGAAGUGGGACAAGACAUCGAAAUCCAAGACCAAGGAGUUGUACCUCUCGCGCGCCGUCGAGGUACAGCCGUUCUUCAACGCCACCGUCAUCAGUGAGCUGUCCGACCAAGCCACUACAAGCCUGCAAGAGCUUGGUGCCUGGGCCGAGGGCGACCACGAGAUCCGUUUCGAUGGCCGAGCGCAGCCGCCGGACCACAUCGUCAGCAGCCAGCAUCUCCUCGGCACCGACGAGGGCGACGCUGACACCCUUCUGCUGGACACGGUCCUCGCGGGCCACCUCGACUCUCUGCGCGAUCUCCUGGGCCGCAUGCAGGCUGCCGUCACAGACUCCAGCGGCCACGGCGAUGGGAGCAGCAGCAGCAGUCGAGACAUUGCUCUGAAGGAGCGUGUCACGCGCACGUUCUUGGCAUCCAUCAACGAGGGCUCCCGGGACGCCCUGCAGGUGCUUAUUGACACUGGUCUUGUCGACGUUCAGAGUGAGGACGACAUCAACGAACGGAAUUGCUUGCACCAGGCCACCAUCUACGGCAACAAUUUUGUGCUCGAUUUUGGUCUCUCCAAGAACGUCUCUGUUAUUCGGACAGACGUCUACGGUCGUGUCCCGCUGCAUUACGCCAGCAUGCAUGGCCGCCUUGACAUGCUUGAUGCUCUUCUGGAAGUUGGCCCGGACGCAAUCGACCUGAUCGACCAUGACAACUUCACACCCUUGAUCCAUGCCAUCAUCCACGGCCACCUUGACUGCGUGAGUCGUCUGCUCGAGAAGGCGGCCCGUGUCGACCCCAUCUCCGAUGCGGACCAUGUGCCCCUGAACUUGGCCUGCGAACACGGCACCGACGCCAUUGUCGAGCUUCUCCUCAAGCACGGCGCAAACAUCCUCCCUGAUGCCGAAGGCCUGUACCCGCAGCAUCUCGUGGCCCGUGCGGGCCGUGCCCCCACCCUGCUCCUUCUCCUUCAACAGUAUGGGGCCGACUUGAACCAGAUCGACAAGCUGUACGGCUGGACGCCGAUUGUCCACGCCGCCAGCGAGGGCAACGUCCCCUGUUUGCAAGCGCUUCUCGAAGCCGGUGUCGACCCAAAUAUUCUCGACGAGAAGGACCUCCCGGCCAUGUACUACGCCGCCUGGGAGGGCCACCUGGAAUGCAUGAAACUCUUGACGCCUUACAGUCGUACGAAGAGCAGCAGAGUCAAGCGUGAUAGCCCGUUCGGUCUCAAGCCCACGCCGGACAUUGGAACACUCGACGGGUUUGGAUCGCAUGGCGCCGGAAGCAGCACGGCACCCGGCCCCAUGGCUCUGGAUCCCGACGCCAUUCCCAUCCUCGAGCUGCCGCCGCCGAUCAUCCCGCUUCGCCGCUACGGCCACAACUUCCUGGACACCAAGACCGUGGUGCAGAUCAACUUUGAAGACCAAAACGGCGAGCCACCACUGGUCUUCUUCCACGACGGCAAGUAUCCUGCUGCUCGGCUGACUGUCUCGUCCAAGGUCGCCGAUCUGAUUCCCAAGAACAUCAUGCUGCCUUUCCAGGAGGACACCCGCCUGGUCUUCUUCCAGGUGGAUAACCUGGACGCGUUCGUGCUGGACUUUGACGUGUUCCCGACGUACGGCGCCAAGAUCAUUGCCAAAACAGUCGCCCUGCCGAGCACGUUCCGCAACCUGUUGGGCAGUUCGGGGAGCAGCUGCUGCCUUCCCCUGUUUGACCCCCGUCUUCGCGCCAUCGGCCAGAUCAGCUUCCACAUCCAGGUCAUCAAGCCGUUCCCGGGCAAGCCGUUGGAGAUUGCCGAUUUCGAGACGUACUGGAAGGCGACCAGCCAGCUGGAGGGCCACCCCAGCAGCUUUGUUGCCGGCUCCAGCUUGUCCGGCGACUAUGUGCGCCUCUACGUGCAGCACACCAGCGACGGCGUCCCCGUUCUGUGGCCUACGUGGACCGUGCGCUGCGGCGGCGGCGGUCGCACGGCGGUGGUCGAAGGCACCGAUGCCAUGGACGACGCCGCGGGCGACAGCAGCGUCAUUGACGUCCCUGUGGCCCGUAUGAACUACGCCCAAUUCCGUGCUGCCACCUCAGCGGCGCCGGGCCGGCAGCACCUAGAGACGCUGCCGUCGUCUCCGCUCGACGCCGUGUCCCACGUCCAUCGCGUUCUGGCCACGUCCGGCGUGACCUUGCGCGACGCGCUCGCUCUGGUGCCGACAGGCAUGCAUGUCAACCUGCAGAUCCUCUACCCCAGUGCCGACGAGGAGCGUGCGCUGGGCCUCGGCGGCGUGGGCAGCGUGGACAUUAACACGGCCGUGGAUGCCAUCCUGGGGGUCGUUUUUGACCAUGCGCGUGCGCAGCGCGUGCACACGCCGGAUGUGGUGCGAUCUGUCGUCUUCAGCUCCUACAACCCCAGCUUGUGCACGGCCAUCAACUGGAAGCAGCCCAAUUUCCCCGUGUUCUUGUGCAACGACCUGGGCCGGGAAGACGAUGCCACGGUGGCGGCGGCGGUACCGGAUGGUGUCUGGAGCACGGGCCGGAGAACGGCCUCCGUCAAGGAGGUGGUGCGCACCGCGCAGAGCAACAACUUCAUCGGCCUGAUCUGCAGCUCGCGUCUUCUUGAUAUGGUUCCGGCUCUGAUCGAAGCAAUCAAGUCUCAGGGCCUGGCGCUGGUUAUUGAUCGAUCAGCAGAGACGACUCCGGACCCAACCCCCCUGGCUGAUCCCUUCCCUCGGCUGCCCGAGGGCAUUGACGGCGUGCUGAAGAGCAAUGGCGUUUUGCGAUUCAACGAGUCGAUAGACAUGUGA